AAAGUAGAAUUUACAGUGAUCUUCAAAGAUUUGCUCAGUCUAAUUUGAGACUUCGAAGAGAUCAGUUGUGCCAAAUGAAGCUCUGUUGUUUAUUCAGCUGCUGCCUAGCGCAGCCCGAUGAGGAGUUGGAGGGCAAGACGGUGAGGUCAGAGGUCAAGGUGAAGACCAAAGGAAAGCAGCCAAAGAAGGACAAGGUGAACCCUAGUAAAAAGAAACAGAGGAAGGAGGCUAAGCGCCUAAAGAAGGACAUGGCCGAUAGAAAGAAAAAGGAGGAAACAGCUCUGAGAGAGCUUGAGUUGGCUGCCCCUGAGGCACAGCAAGCAGAGAUGCCUAUUCAUCCUGCUAAUGAAGCCGGGAAGGUGGAGAUCGCCGACACAAGCGUGAAUGCUACUCCAGCAGUUGUGGUGGAGAUGGGUAACGCUAGCUCAAAUGCUAUUCCAGCCAUUUUGGACUGUGGGAAGAUGGCCAAAGCUAGCUCAGAGGCUCCCCUCUUGGCAAGGCCAGUGUCCUGUCCUGACCUUGGGAGGUUUGAGAAUCUAACCCCAGCAGACAGACACCAGGGGGAGAGGAGAUGGAAGCUACAUGGCUGGUUUCAACAGAGGGAGGCUGCAAAAAAGAGGGCUAAUGCUAGAAGCAGCCCAAACCUGACAUGUGACAUCAACACACCUCAGUUGGCCAUGGGGGAUGGGAAGGGCCCAUCUCAGGAGCUUGGAAAGGGGGACAGAGAGAUGCCCAUGUCUCAGAGAGCUAACGCUAGUCCAAGCCCAAACACUGACAGAACUGAAUUGGCCGAGGUGGCUUGGAAGAGCCCGUCCCCAGUGCAGUGCACCUCACAGACUGGGCAACAUCAGAGUCUAACCCCAGCAGAGAAAGACAAACUGGAGGAGAAGGCUAACGGCCCUAACACUGACAGAACUGAACUGGCUGAGGAGGACAGGAAGAGCCCAUCCCCAGUGCAGUGCACCUCACAGACUGGGCAACAUCAGGGUCUAACCCCAGCAGAGAUAAAGCUGGAGGAGAAGGCUAACGCUAGUCACAACCCAGCCCUGGCAUGUGACACCAGGGGACCUGAACUGGCUGUGGGAGACGUGAGGCGCCCAUCUCAGGAUCUUAGAGACCGACACGGUGAGAGGCCCGUGUCUCUGCUGAGACGGGAUUGUCAGAAGUCCCCAGUGCAGCAGACCCAAGAGACUGGGAGACGCCAGGAUUCACUGGGACUGUAUCUCACCCCAGCAGAGAGGAGACGGCAGCAGGAGGAGCGGAGGAAGAGACUUCAGGGCUGGGCUCACCAGAGGGAGACCAAGGCUCUCUGCUUCACUGUUCUUAACGCGGCCACACAGGCUGCAAACAGCUGCCGUGACAACAGCAGCCAAAGAGGAAAGAGGAGCCUGCGUCAGUGAGGGUUUCUACCCCUCUGCCUCCGGCCUUGUGUUAACGAAAAACAACCGUGGGUUUAUCCUCAACCUGUAUC